GUCCCCUGCAAUUAGUAGUCGCCGAAAACUGGCAGAUACGAAAAACUGGCCAAUCAUUUGAGAGCCUGAUUUAUUAAUGCCAUUAGUCACACUUGUGCGACUUUGCAAUACAUCACAACAUGUAGCAUUAGAGCGCGUCAAGUGAUGAUUGGAUAAAUGGAAACACAAUUCAAGUUCCAUCAACUAAGUAAUGUCUUAAUUUUCUCAUCCUUAGAUUCAUCAGCAAGGCACGCCAGAGUUAUGUAAAAAGGGCGUUUGUGAGAACACGCACGUUCGAAAAAUGGGUCAACAAAUCAGUGUAGAAACGUUAUGUGGACAAGAUGAAGACUUGGAGGGGCGAUACUGGUGCAGUUUUGAACCUUAUCCAUAUAGAGUCGGUGCUCGAAAGCUCUCAUACAUGGGGAUACUGAACGGUGAAGGCCCACGGAGAGGAAAGCGAUGUCUCGUGAAGGCAUUCCGGCAAGGCUGUGCCACAAGGGCGGAUUGGCAUCAUGAAAAAGAACGAGCGAUGAUGGCGAAAUCUUUAGCUUUAGAGUUUAAUAGAGAAAUGUCCGAAAUUGGUGAACGUGUGAAUCUUGUAUUCCAUACUCCAAUGCUUGUUGAAAUCGACGAAGUUUCUUCAUAUAUGUGCAUAGCUAUGUUUCUUGGCAAGCCAAGAAAGAAAAUGAGAGAGCUCGAAUAUGUUUCUGUGGAACCGUAUCUUUCUGGAAAAUUCCAAAACUUUAACAGUUCCAAGACGAAAAUGUUUGACUCCAUGGUCAUGAACGCUUAUUCUCAUUACACUUGGUGCUGCACGCAGGGAGAAUGUGUUGUUACAGGAAUGAAAGGUGUGAAACAAUUUGAAAACUAUUAUUUGACCGUACCAGUCGUUCAUUCUCGAGACCAAAAAUACGGUCGAACAGACAUGGGACAAAUGGGGAUAGAUAACUUCUUUGCUAAUCACCAGUGUAACGAUUUCUGUCGGAACCUGCCACGGUUGGAUGAACUGGCUUGCUUUCCAAAAGACUGUGACCUUGAUCUUGUAGCUUUUCAGCUAGAAAGCGCGGGAUUUUUCACCAAGAAAAUGAAUACAGAAUUUCUCGCAUCGCCAAGAAAAAUUGGCUCGACUGUUCAUUGCGAUAAACCUAGUCACUGUGUUUGUGAAUUCUUCCGCCUCCCUUGCCCACACAGGAUUGAACACACUUCCGGAUUAAUUUAUGCGAUCAAUCGUUCGUUUGUCCAAGAAAAGAGCAGAUAAUUUGCAUUCGAUACGAAUUUUUAACACAGAAGUCAAUUUAGAGAAAACACACGAUAUUAGAAAAUGAACAAUUAAUCUACGCAUAUCAUGCAUGUACUCUUGGAUAUCAUCUCUAAGGUGCUUUUAGCGCAAAUUUACUUUCAAGGUUAACAUGACUUUUUCAUGCUUCAAUUGUCCGGCGAAGCUGAGUGUGAGCAGUGCUGACGUCAUCAGAAUCAACCUUGAGUAAUUUACCUUCUAAACCACCCCUCAAACUAGACUAUAAAUAAAGUCAGAUUUGGAAGAGGGAUGAUAGCUGGUCGUUUACCUUUUACUGUAACAUAUGUACAAUUUUCCCGUAUACGUACUUAGAUUUUUUAUUGAAUUUUAAAGAUGUCGGAAUGUAUCUUAUCCUUGGUUUUGAGUGAAGUUGGCAGAAAUUUAGCACGUUAUUAAAACAUCUGGUCAGUUGAUCAACUAUUCUAAAAGAUUAAUAUUUGUGCUCCUAUCAAUGUUGCACACUGAAUGAGUGGACUUUAUGUUGUUCCUUUACUUUUAAGUUGAAGGGUUUUUACGGGAUUUACUCUAAUUCCAUGAUUGUGUAUUAGUCAAAUCAAUAGAUGACUGAAUUUUAAGAUGGGUGCUCACUUACCUAAAUAAAUAUCUCAAACGGAAAAUUUGUAGUAUGGACAGUUCAGAGUCCUGCUUAAAAUAGGAAUACAUUAUUCUAAGCAUAUACCUUAUUUAAAAAAAAUGGCUGAAUCUUUUGUUAUGUCUUUUUUGAUACCAAAGUUGUUGAUAUUAUUAAUUAUUGCAGUGUUUGUUAUUAGUAUUUGUUAAUAAAAGUUGUUUUCUGUUAAAAUCGUAUUGCGAUGAAUGAUACAUUAAAGGUUUCGAUUCAAUCUGAA